AUGGCACUAUCUUUUUUUGAUGCUGAAAAUCCUUUGAACUGUCCUAUCUGUCUGGAUCUACUUAAGGACCCAGUGACUACAUCUUGUGGGCACAGUUUCUGUAUGGACUGUAUUAAGAGGUUCUGGGAUCAGGAAUAUCAGAAGAGAUUUUUCAGCUGCCCUAAAUGCAGGAAGAUGUUUCUUCAAAGACCAGAUCUCAGCAGAAGCACGGUGCUAGCUGACAUUUUAGAAGAUAUGAAGCAGGAAGUUCCAGCUGGGCCUGGAGAUGUGCAGUGUGAUGUUUGCAAAGUAAGAAGAGUAAAAGCCAUCAAGUCUUGUCUGGUGUGUUUGGCUUCUUACUGUCAAACUCACAUUCGGCCUCAUUAUGAGUCUUCAGCAUUUAAAAAGCACAAGCUGGUAAAUGCUUCUCCAAAUCUACAACAGUGGAUCUGCCCUCAACAUCAUAAAGCACUGGAGGUCUACUGUUAUGAUGACCAGAAAUGUGUAUGUGUGCUCUGCAUGGGGGAUCAGCACUAUGGACAUCAAACAGUCUCAGCUGCAGCUGAAAUGGCUAAAAAACAGGAGGAACUGAACAUAAAAAAGAGAGAUUUUAUUAAUAAAAUCACCAGUAUGGACAAGAAGAUACAGGAAUUUGAUAAGGCUGUGGAUUCUCAUAAGCGCUCUGCACAGGCAGCAGUGGAACACAGUGAGAGGAUCUUCAUUGAGCUCAUCCGUUCCAUUCAGAAAAGACGAGCUGAGGUGAGAGAACUGAUCAGAAAUCAGGAGAAGAGGGAGAUAGGACAGAUCAAUGCCCACAUACAGAAACUGGAGCAGGAGAUCAGUAAUCUACAAAAGGAGAAUGAUAAACUGGGGCAGAUUUUAUAUACAGAGGAUCACAUUCAUUUCUUCCAGAAUUAUUCUUCUCAAUCUAGAGAGUAUGUUUGCACAACUUCACCCAGAGAUGUUAAUGACCUCCUGACAUUUGAGAAAGUAAAAGAAUCUGUCUCAGAGCUGAAAAACCAGCUGGUCAAACUCUGUGAAGAGCACAUGGACAAAAUAUCAAAGAAAGUUGGUGAUGUCCAAAUUUUCAAAACCACUAGGGUCCAAGGCAUGUAUUCACCAGCUUCAUCUUCAUAUUCUCUCUCAUCGGACAGUGAUUGUGUCUACACUUCAGAAUGAAGCCUACCUGGGGAUAUCAGGAAAUUACCUGGAAAUAAUUAUAGAAAUUUGUCCAAUAUCAAAAACAGACAUCUGAAUUCUUUAUGUUGUGUAAUGUGUCUUUUGAUUAUUCACGUCAAUGUCAAGGUGGUGCUAAAGCUAAAAAUAUUGUCAUAACAAAGGUGAUCAUAUUUAAUCUCAUAUGGUUUAGAUAAUAUGAGUUUAUUUAUGUAUGUAGUAAAUGUUAACAGAAUUUUAAUUUCAGGAGAACCUGAUUUAAAAUUAUUUAAAGGCCAAUCCAACAGUACAAUUACAUUUUUACCAGCUUAAAUUACCAGGUUUAAUUAAUAUAAUUUCUAAUUGAUUUGCAGUCAUGUCGUAUGCCUGUUUUACAGUGGCUCAGAAAAUGGUCAUCAGAUUUUAGAAUCUUUUUUUUUUUUUUUUUUUUUUUUUUAAUUUUGCUAAAUGUAUUAAUGUAUUCAUUCAACCAUAGUUAUUCAUUAUGAAUCAAUGAUUUGCUCUUUCUAAUUUACUUAUAUAUAAAGGCUUACUCCUAAAACCAUUAAUUUUGUUUGAGGGAAAUUGGGAGUUACGAUGACUGUUAAGUUCAGGCCUACAUAGAAUGUCCUAAGAUUAUAGAGUAGGCCUACAAUGAAAAGUUUAUCAACACCAAAAUUGAUGACAACCUGUCUGCAUCUCCCAAAGAACCUUGUUACAGUAGUACAUUUAUUUUUUUUGUUUUUGUAUAGAUAGAUUAUAACUUACUUUCAUCUUUUUUUCUUCUUUACUGCACAAACGUACAUUAGAAUAACAAGCAAUAUGGGUUUACAAAACAUUACGCAGGUGAGGUUUGUAAACACCGGGUGGUGCUAUAACAAAACAUAUCUUCAUAAAACGACUAUCUGAAGCAUGCUACUCCUGUUAAAAACAUAUUCUUUAUUCAAACAGCAUCUGCACAAAUCAACAGAAGAAAUAAUAAUUACAUUUCAGCAGUGAUUUCAAUAGUAAAUGGCCACUAAAUGUACUAUUUCUGUAUCUUUGAAUUGUGUGACAGCUGGCCAUCAGGUUGUGGCAGUUCUGUAACAAGUAAAUUAAUAUUUUUAAUUGUAACUCAAAUUUUAAUUGUAAAUAAAAAAAAAAAAAAAGUUCUUUAAACUGCAUUCAGUUUCCAUUUCUGCCUUGAAAAAUUCAAAAGUAACCCGACUUAUGAGGAUGCAGUAACUACCCUGACCCAGCAGGAGGAGCAGGUCAGCACACGGUCAUCCAUCAUGGUGGGUAACGACACAGACGACACGUUUGUGUUUACAUUACAACUGUAUCACUUUAGAACGUGCCUUGAUUGCGAAACGCACGCAAUAUUUUGGAAUGAAAAUAUGGAAUUCUUGCUGUAUUUAGUGCUGCUGAUCAAAUGUAAUUCAAGUUAAAGAACAAUGUCACUCUAUGUUCACACAUCCACUACAAAUCACUUUGUCAGCAAAGAGGAGCAUCAUCUCAUUUUCAGGUACUUUGAUGCAGGAUGUUACAUUGACUAGAAAGUAAUCUCAGUUACUUUUAGAAAGAAACAUUUUACAUAUGUUUAAUAUUCUAUCUAUCUAUCUAUCUGUCUAUAUAUGCCUCAGGUCUGGAAAAAAGGCUGGUCAGUCAUAAGUGUGUGUACAUAGAAUUUUAGACUUUCAAGAUCUUAAGUUUG